CCAUGCAGCAUUUGGCUUGGCUGUGUGCACAUUGCAACAACGCAGAGGAUGCAAGCCGCUGGUCGUAGUAAGAGAGGCAUGAGGCAUGGUGGGGCUACCUGCGGUAGUUUUCCCACCGUGCUCUUCACCCAGCGAACCAGAUGUAGACGUGUACCCUACUUACGUCCGAGCCCUGCUUUUCUCUGUAAUGAGAGAGUAUCCCAACUCUGUCAGAAUCGUCAGAGGUUACCACUGUGUCCACGGAGACCGAUAGCCCGACCUUCCACUCACGACUGCUGUCUCCCUGCCAUGGACAGAGACAGCACAGGCCGCACUUCCAUGCUGUUAUCACUCCCAAGACCUAGCGUGGAAAACACUGUUCCAGAUUACGACUUUCCUGCUGACUUGGAGCAGUCAUUCAUCAGUGGUGCUCUCAAUUCCUCUACCACAGUGGUCCCUUAUGCACACCUACCAACUUCUCCACCUGAAAACCUUAUACCUGCAGCCUUCCCCCCACCAAUUUCUCCACACGACCACUCUACAGCGUCUGCAGAUGAGGAUUUCGAAGCCUCAACAAAACACGAUCCCUCUGGCUGCAGAGAUGGCCUAAAGAAGUCUGGUGUGACGUCUCCUCCCACUAGACACACUAGUAGUGGUAUUGCAAGAUCAGACUCGGACAUGAGAUUGGCAUUGGCAAAUGGCUGUGACAGUUGUGUCCCUGUUGUUCCUGACCAAUACAUGGAGCUGAUAGCAGUGUCUGUAGAGGAG